AGUGGGCAGCCGGCGAUGGAGACGGGCGGCGGGCCGCUGCCUGUCGGGCCCGGACCUGGAUUAGGGACGGCACCCGUGCCCGCUACCACACCCCCGGCCAACAACAGCUUUGGCAAACCCAGGGCCUUGCCCAAAGGCCGCGAGUUUUUCAGGAACCAGAGGAAAGAUUCGGAGGGUUUCUCUGAGUCACCUGACCUGGAGUUUGAAUACUCCGAUAGUGACAAAUGGGCAGCUGAGCUUUCGGAACUGUACAGCUAUACGGAGGGUCCUGAGCUUCACCUGAACAGAAAAUGCUUUGAGGAUGAAUUCAAGACUCAUGUGAAAGACAAGAAAUGGACAGAAGUGGAUAUCUCAGAGCAUCAGGCUCAUGCCAUGCGAUUGCUGGAUGGCUUGGAGGUAACUGCCCGAGAGAAGAGACUGAAGGUGGCUCGUGCCAUACUGUAUAUGGCUCAAGGUACCUUUGGUGAAUGCAACUCUGAAGGAGAAGUCCAGCAGUGGAUGAGAUAUAAUGUAUUCCUAUUGCUUGAAGUUGGCACCUUUACUGCAUUGGUGGAGCUACUCAGCAUGGAAAUUGACAACAGUGCUGCAUGUAGUAAUGCAGUAAGGAAGCCAGCAAUUUCUCUGGCUGACAGUACAGAUCUCAGAGUGUUGCUGAACAUUAUGUACCUGAUGGUGGAAACAAUCCGUCAAGAAACGGAUGAGGAUAAUCCAGAAUGGAGGGCAAUGAGGGAGACCUUCAGAGCAGACCUAGGUGUAUCCUUGUACAACAAUGAGCCAUUUUCAGUUAUGCUGUUUGGAAUGGUAACCAAGUUCUGCAGUGGCCAUGCUCCCCAUUUCCCUAUGAAGAAGGUUCUGUUGCUGCUUUGGAAAACUGUAUUGCUGUCAUUAGGAGGCUUUGAAGACUUGCAGGUUCUUAAAGUGAAGAAACGUGAAGCACUUGGUCUCCCACCACUUCCUGAAGACAGCAUCAAAGUUAUCCGUAAUAUGAGAGCUGCCUCACCACCAGCAUCUGCCUCAGACCUAAUAGAACAGCAGCAGAAGCGAGCCCGCAGAGAGCACAAGGCACUUAUGAAGCAAGAUAAUUUGGAUGCUUAUAAUGAGAAGGACCCAUACAAAACCGAAGAUCCCCGUGAGGAUGAUGAUGAGAAUGAUGAUAAUGAUAACUCACUUGAGACAGAAACAUUUCCUUUGGAAAGGGAAGAGGUUUUGCCACCACCAAUUCCUCACCCAACCUGUGAGCGUUUAUCACUUCCAAAGGGAUUGCCUUGGGCACCUAAAGUGAGAGAAAAAGACAUUGAAACUUUUUUAGAAUCCAGCAGAAGUAAAUUCAUCGGUUAUACUUUAGGAAGUGACACUGAUACUGUUGUUGGAUUACCACGGCCCAUCCAUGAAAGUAUCAAAACCCUUAAACAGCACAAGUACAUUGCAAUUGCCGAAGUCCAGAUCAAGAAAGAGGAGGAAUAUUUGAAAAAGCCACUUUCUGCGGGAGAUGAAGAAUUUGACCUGACACCAGCUGAAGUUCUGUAUCAGGGUAUAUUACCCAGUUUGCCUCAAUACAUGAUUGCCUUACUGAAGAUCCUUCUGGCUGCAGCUCCAACCUCAAAAGCAAAGACUGACUCAAUCAACAUUCUUGCUGAUGUCCUACCAGAAGAAAUGCCUACCACGGUGCUACAGAGUAUGAAGCUGGGAGUAGAUGUCAACAGGCACAAAGAGGUCAUUGUGAAAGCAAUUUCUGCUGUCCUAUUACUACUACUUAAGCACUUCAAAAUCAACCACAUCUAUCAGUUUGAGUACAUGGCACAGCAUCUGGUUUUUGCGAACUGCAUUCCACUCAUUUUGAAGUUCUUCAAUCAGAAUAUCAUGUCCUACAUUACAGCUAAGAACAGCAUUUCUGUAUUGGAUUUUCCCUACUGUGUUGUACAUGAACUACCUGAACUGACAGCAGAGAGCUUGGAAGCAGGUGAUAACAACCAGUUCUGCUGGCGGAACCUCUUCUCCUGUAUAAACCUCCUUCGAAUCCUUAAUAAAUUGACCAAAUGGAAACAUUCCAGGACCAUGAUGCUGGUCGUUUUUAAAUCAGCCCCAAUCCUGAAACGAGCACUCAAGGUAAAACAAGCCAUGAUGCAGUUGUACGUCCUGAAGCUACUUAAGGUGCAAACCAAAUACCUGGGGCGCCAGUGGCGGAAGAGCAACAUGAAGACGAUGUCUGCGAUUUACCAAAAGGUGCGCCAUCGAUUGAAUGAUGACUGGGCUUAUGGAAAUGAUCUUGAUGCCCGUCCGUGGGACUUUCAAGCCGAGGAAUGUGCAUUGAGAGCCAACAUUGAACGGUUUAACAGCCGCAGAUAUGACAAAAACCCAAGCAACCCUGAUUUUGCCCCAGUGGAUAACUGUUUACAGAGUGUCCUGGGGCAGCAGUUGGUAUUGCCGGAAGAAUUCCAAAUGAACUAUGAUCUUUGGCUUGAAAGAGAAGUUUUCUCAAAGCCAAUCAGCUGGGAGGAGCUUUUGCAGUAAUUUCCAGCUCUAUUUUGUACAUUAGUCUAUUGUUUGUAACAGUGUAUAAAUAAGUUGCUAGGUUUUUCAGGCUGUGAGAGAGAUUAUACUGUUUAAUUUAUGACAGGAAUUCUAGCUAAGUUUCUUUCUAUCUAUUAUUUAUAGUUUUGAGGCUAAGUGCCAUACCACAAGGACCUGCUGGGAAAUGCUUUUGUGGAUAUUGGGUAAGGCAUCAUUUAGCUUGUGAUGAGGCUGAUGAUUGAGCACCUUAAUCACUUCUCACGUUACAUGGUUAAGGUCCUGGAAGAAGAUCAUGCCCACUAAUGCUGAUAAGAAAGUAGAUGCAAUGAGAAAAGCAGAAAGAAACGGCUUUGUUCUUGUCUACUUUGGUUGCUAAACUUGAGCAAGAAUUUCACCCUGAAGGUGCCAAUAAAGGGAAACCAAUUAUUAGCUACCACUACUAUGGCAAGUUUUGAGUCAAAUUACUAUAGUGGUUCUCAAAUGAACCUUUACUGUUAAUUGAUUUUGUUUUUGUUUCUGAAUGGACCAAAAUAUGCUUUUUGGUGGCAAAGAAUGCAAAUGCAAUGCUUUUUGAUAUAACUGUCCUUGAUUGAUUUUUUUAAAUUUUGUUUCCUCACAUCUCUCAGUUUUGAUGACCAUCACAAAUUUUUACUUUCUCCCGGGACCUUAAAACUGUGGAAUAAUUCAUUUAUUCAAGAUAUCAAUUUUUUGAUUCAUUUUAUUUUUUUUUAACCUGUUUUAGUUUCAGAUGUAUUAUGGGCUGUAACUUUUCACCUUGGUUCCUCGUUAAACAUAAAGAGCUGUUUAGUGGGAUGUAAUCAACUGAGGGACUAGUAGCAUUGUGAUCUGGUGUACUUUUUGAAUUGUUCCUAUUUAAUCAUUAUGUAUGUAAAGGCAGAUUUUUUGACCCUGGUGCAAAUUUUGGUCAUUGUGAACUGAAGUUUGGUUGUGUGAUUUAGUGUCUUUUUGCUAUUCUCAAUUGGUCAUGACCAAAUUAUGAUUGCACAUUCAAAGAGUGCAAGUCGAAGGAUCCCACAAUAUUGAAUUCCAAUGUACCAAAAUUUAUGGAAUUCCAGUAAACCAAAAUUGUUUUGGAGAAUUGCAGUGAGCUUAGUCCAUCUUUUUCACUCUCGUGUGUAGGAAUUUGAUGGAUUGAAUUAUUUGCCAUUAAUUUGCAUUUUAUGAAAUUCCAAUGGUUCCCAAUUCACUUUCAUUGUUUAGAAUCCUAUUAGACUAAAUUCAACCGAUAUGCAACUUCCAAUCCAAGUGCAAAGAACCCAUGCUUAUUUGGAAUAUAUACUGAUUCUUAAUGGCCUUUUGCCAAUAUUAAGCAUACUGAAGAUUGUUACCUACUGCUACAUGACAAACAUUUUAAAAGGUUAAACAUCACUGUUUUGAAAUGUAUAUUUUAAUUUGAAUAUUAGUUCUGUCAAUUUGCUGAAUAUAUUAUUUAAUGUGUGGUGCAAAGGUUCACUUGAUUUUAUCACAAAGCUAGUUUUGGAGAUUGGGACUCAAGUUCAUUCUUGUACCCUAGAAAUGUGUGAUACAGUAACUCAUGACAAUAAUGUUGAAAAAUCAUUGAAGACUAUGACUCGUAUUUUGAAUCUGUAAAGGUUCCUCAACCUUUAGGUUAAGACAUUGCAGGCUAUGAUUAACGUUUACAGGGCAAAGAAAGAAAAUUGUGCCACUUCCCAUAUUGGAGAAUGUACCCUCAAUCAACCAUGUAUGUUUUGAGUUAUUUAGAUGUGAAAUGGAUGUGAAAUUGGUGAAAUGUUACUUAUCUGUUCUUUAGCAACUUGAGCAUUGUGGAUGAUACACUAAACUAUGAAAAUGGUUUAUCAACAUUACUGCCCUGAUGCACUCUGUCUGCCUCUUAGUGGCUUUCAAUUAAUAAGAACAUUCUAGUUUUGCAAUGUAAAAUUUUCUUAAGAUAACUUGAUUGUUAUUUAUCAAAGAGUAGUGAAACUAACAGUGCAAAUGCUAGAAAUGUGCAGCACAUCAGUCAUCUAUUGAAAGAAACAUUCAUCUGUCACUUUUUUCAUAUUUUCCACAUUUCCAGCAUUCAAUAAGGGCCUGAUUAAUCUUUGCACAUUUCCACCUCUAGCUUUGCUAGUCGUAUACCUACAUAUUUAAAUUGCAGUUGAAAAUUGUUUUUUCAAUCAGCUCCUCACACCAAUCCUUCAAUAAUCCUGGGCUACUCUUCUGUACAUUGGGACACCAGUAGUACCUCUUUUUUCCCUUCUAAAUGCAUAAUAUGGACUGCUGGACCACGGAGGUUCUGUUAAUUUAGACAGCAAGCAUGACCUUCAAAGCAUAUUAAUCAUAGUAACAAAAGGUUCCUUGGAGUUAGGACAUUUCUGUCUAAGCAUUGCUACAAAAUGCAAUCACACUGUAUUCCUUGUUACGGUGCUGUAUUAAUAUAGAUGUGGAUAUUUAACACAAGGUUUUAUGUCUGUUAGUAAAGUAGGUAAUUUCUGUAAAUUUUGUUUUUGAAUUCUUUUAUUGGAGUUGUAUCUUUUUCUGUUUACUUUGUCUUUUCACAUAGGCUGUUCAUGUUUUGAAAAAUAUGGUCUUGACUUUGUGAGGUAUAUGGGAAUAAAAUGAACAUCAACCCAGAGAA